UGCCUAUGGCAAAUUGAAGUCACACAAGCUGUCCUUCAACAUGACCAUGAUAAUAUUUCAAUAUCUAUGACCAGCUCUGGAAAAAUGUUGACAUUUGGAAUGCCUCUAUUAUUCCACCCCCAAGAAAUACAGAUUGUUGUCACUCCCCUCAACAUUUUCAGUACCCAGAAUGUUGCUGCAUUGGAUAAAUUGUGUAUCAAGGGGCUUGCACUACAUGCUGAGAAUUCUUUGUGA